UUUUUUACCAUAGAGAGACAUCUAUUGGUGGAAAUCAAAUAUUGUUCGUUAUUUAAAUAUCUAUUAGAUGUGUUAAUAACUUUAAAUAUUUAAGUAUUUAUAUAUUUUGCAUUAGAAAUUUGCAGAAUUUUUUAAGUAAAAAUAAUGGAGCCCAUGACAUUAGGAUCACCUGCUGGAAGUCCUAUGCAAAGUCCUGGAAGUCCAGGAACUUCUGCAUAUCUUCCAAGUUUUCUUUUAGGUGAUACUACUACACCUGCUAAAAUUAAUUUGACAAGUCCUCAAGAUACUCCAAAACAAUUGCAUAUCGGACAUAGUGGACUUACAUCUCCAUUAUCUAAUUAUGGUACUCCAGAUUAUCGUACUAAUCGCCAGAAAGCAGUAUUCAGAGGUGCCAAUACUCCUAAUACAUCACAAAUAGUCACAGAAAGUCAUUCUGGUGGACCUCCAACAGUAGAAUUAUUUGAUACUGUAGAAAGUUUAAAAACUACAUCUAAUCAAUGCAGUUUAUCAACACCAAAUCAAAGUAUAUCAUAUAAUCAACCAAGACUUUUGCAUAGUUCUAUAUUCAAUGAUAGUGGAUUGAAUCCUAAUACAUCUGAAUCACAAGGUCUUUUACAAUGGGUGACUGUUUUUGGUUUUCCUCCUAGUGAUAUGAAUAAUGUUUUGGCUCAUAUUUCGAGCAGAGUUCGUAUAGUAGAUAAACAUCCUCCACCACAUUCACAAAGCAAUUGGAUACAUUUAAAAUGUGCUUCAGAACUAGAAGCACAAAGGGCACUUGCAUGUAAUGGAAAUAUAGUAUCUGGAUCUAUAAUGAUCGGCGUAAUUUCUUGUACAGACGAAGGUGUUAUAUUGCGAUGCGAUAAAGAAAGAAAUUGUUCAAAAAUGAAUGGAAGUAUUAAAUCUUUUUGUAAUAUAGGACGACUUAGUAAAUCACCAGAAUAUAGUACACCACGCACGCCAAUUAGAAUACAAAGUGCAAGACCAUUGGCAGUUGGUUAUAAUCAAAAUCUUAGCUCUCAAUCAGUAAGAUCACCAGAAAAUGUCCCACAAAAAUCUACAGGUUUAGUCUCAAAAGCAAUGGAAUAUAUGUUUGGUUGGUAAUUUUCAAAUGAAAAAAAUUGUACAUGACAAAUAUUAUUUAAUAUUCCUUACAUUUUUAUAAAAAUCGAAUGCGAUAUAAACACGACCCGAGAGAGGAAUAUAUAUUCAAAAAUUCCUAAAAUGCUUGUUCAUGUUUUUUUUUUUUUUUUUUACUACAUCGAUAGUACCAAAUAUAAAUUUUUAUACACAUUGAAUAAUUAUUACAUAUAUUAUUCCUAAACUAUUAGUAAUGUAUUACUAUAUUUCUCUAUUUUUUAUAAUAAACACUAUCGAUACUUAACCAUUCUACUGUAAUAUAACAUAGUAUAAUAUAUUUAUAAUCAAAUUAUAAUCAAUGUUAAAAUUACUUUCGCGACGAUGACUCAUCUAUUAUAUAUUGCACAGAUAUUAAUUAAAAUGGUCCAUUUCUU